AUUGGCGGCGCCGUAAUCGAAUUAGCAACCUCAUUCGCGGCCUUUUUCCCCAUGACAGGCCAAAAGUACAGAGAAUCGAACCCACGAACUAAAGCAGGUUCUGAUAGCCGCCUGAAGGAAUCGCUCAGAAGCCGAGCUACUUGGGUUGCUUCGGUGUUCUUCUUCUUGUACAUUGGCGUUGAGGUGGCGCUUGGAGGAUGGGUCGUCACAUUCAUGCGCCGAGAGCGAGCAGGAGGCGACUUCGCGUCCGGUAUGGUUGCUACCGGUUUCUGGACAGGCAUCACACUCGGCCGUCUCGUGCUUGGAUUUGUGACUCCGAGGCUGGGAGAGAAGCUCGCAGUCCUACUCUACAUCACCUUCGCCAUGGUAUGCCAGCUCAUGUUUUGGCUGGUACCUUCUUUCCACGUCUCAGCCAUCUUCGUUUCUCUCCAAGGCUUCUUCCUCGGGCCUCUGUUCCCUGCCACCAUCGUAGCCGUAACUAAAGUGCUCCCUCCGUACCUGUACGUCUCCGCGAUUGGAUUCGCAGCUGCGUUCGGAGGCGGAGGAGGAGCUGUACUUCCCUUUGCCAUUGGUUCACUAGCACAGGCAAGAGGUGUCAGUGUACUCCAACCUAUCAUUCUGGCCGUCCUCGCCGUUCUGCUAUCCUUAUGGUUCAUCUUCCCCAAGCUCAACAAAAAGGCCGCUGGGGAAGCCUCUUCGGAACCCGAGACGAAAUCAUUGAGAUUGCUGAAUAUCGACUUCGAUCUUGUUGAGACUGGCAGACGGACAAUCAACAAGAGCCGGGGGAG